AUGCUGAAGGCACGGAAACGUUCUGCUUCAAAACUCGAUGAGUUGCUACGUGAAGGAGCAACUGGAAAAAAGCCAGCAGUAGACAUAGAUAGAGAAUUGAUGUCCACCGCAACUCGUUUGAUGAAAGAGAAGUUACCUUUCAAAAAAGUGCAAGAUCCAUAUGAUGUCACGCAACUUUACAAGGAUUCAGGAUUUUGUAUUAUGGAUAGGGAAAAGGAGCAAGAAGCCGUGCGACGCAUAGCGGAGUUGAUAUCUUCGAAGGAACUUCCUCCUAGCACUUUGGAACGAAAGCUUGGCAAGAAAGCAAUAACUCCCAAGAAAGUUUGGAAACGGAAGUUAAAGCGAAAGAAGAAAAACGGAAAUGCAAAGAAGUAG